AUGAGCGGUACGCCAAGAAGUAGUCGUCGGAACCAGAAAGUGGAAUCUUCUGUUGGCGAACCAGCAACAAGUAGACCGCUAGAGAAUAACGAAACUGGACGAAGAAGAAGUUCUAGAAUAUCAACUAAAGUCGUGCCCACUGUGAAUAAAAAACCUUCCUCUAUAUCCACAAUUCGACGACCUGAAAAAGUUUUCAAAGCAACUAACUCGGAGUUUUCUGAUUCAGAUGAUGACAUGCCAGCACCAAAAAAGAAGUCUGACAAAACAAAAGAAUUGUUGAUGAGUCCGACGUCUGUUCUUGCGGAACAAGUUGGAACGCUAGAGAUUUCAACGACUGACGAUACUAAGAAACGUAAUCCAACGAAACCAAAAACACUAAAACCGACUAAUUUGAAAAAUCGACUCGUGCAACAGAGAACUCCAGAAAAGAAGAUGAGAUCACGUACCACUUCUGAGAGCACACCUGAAAAAAAAUCUCGUCAGGAAAGUGAUUCUGAAUCGGACUCUGAGGCUGAAAAACCAGUGUCAUCUUCUUUAACUGAGGGCAAUGGAGCACUAAGUGGAAGAGAAGAUGAGUUCAAUACUCUGAAGUCGUGGAUUUUGGAAAGUAAAUCGAAAAAAACCUCAUUGUCAAUGUAUGUCAGCGGUCAACCAGGAACUGGAAAAACAGCUACAACGCUGAGAGUUCUCACAGCUCUAGGAAAAGCUGUUCGCAGUUGCAUAAUUAAUUGUGCAUCAACGAGUACUAAGACUGCAUUAUUCAAAACAAUUUUUGAGUCACUUGAUUUGGAUGGUAAACCGAGUGUAGAAAGCUUCGAGGAACACGUGAAACAUUUCACUGUACCACUUGUUCUGGUUCUUGAUGAAAUUGACCACCUCGCAAAUCGAAAAAAUGCUGCACUUUACGCUGCUUUCCAAUGGCCCGAAACUUUGUCUCAUAAAAUUAUUAUUCUUGGAAUCGCCAAUUCGAUCGACUUAACGGAACGCCUUCUACCUAAAUUGAUGCUCACUAAGACUCCAAAGCGUUUAGUUUUUGAGCCAUAUACCAAAGACGACAUUGUCAAAAUUUUGAACGACAAGAUGAAAAAAGAGAAGGCUGUUAUCGACGCGAAAUCCAUCGAACUAACGGCGAGAAAAGUCGCUGCCAUGAGUGGCGAUCUUCGUACAGCUCUUCACAUUUUCAAGCAACAAAAAAGCCGUCUGAUGCCUAUGGAUCAGGAAUCUGGCCCUCCUGGAACUCCUGUCAAUGGGUGUCGCGAAGUGCUUGGUAUCAUAAACAACGUUUACUCCUCACCUCUCUCGCGAGCUAAACUUCCUCUUCAACCAAGGAUUCUUCUUGCAGUAUCAUUAGCACUUUCCUCCAGCAAAAAGAGUAUUUUCGAUCGGAACUCACUUUACCGUGCAUAUUACAAAGCGUGUACAGCACUUCGAAUGCCGCCUCUUGAGGACGACGAUCUUCAUUCAGCUUUUCAGACUCUUGAAUCACAGUCCUUCAUUCGUCUGCUGAAUGGUGGCAAGCUUGUUCUUCAAGUGGACGCUCCCACAGCAAAAUCGGCUAUCAGUGACAAUGCCUUGCUCGAUCAAAUCGGAAUCCUCCAAUUUUAA